GAUCGAGAAGCUGAAGAUGAAAAUGCUUGCUGAUACAUAUAUUGCAUCUUCCAUUGUGCAAAGGAAUGAUUAGGUAUGACAACGAACAUCUCGAAUUCAAGUAUACCAGAUGAUCACUUCAACAUCAGCCAACCAAUCUUGGAUGAUUCAACUAAAGAAUUCCAGAAGAUAGCGUUGGUUAUCCUCCUCAGCAUUGUGAUAGUGGUAGUUAUUUUGGGUAAUACACUAGUUAUUCUAGCAGUGAUAACAACGAGAAGAUUAAGAACUGUAACCAACUGUUUCGUGAUGUCGUUAGCCAUAGCAGAUUGGCUAGUUGGAACUUGUGUGAUGCCCCCAGCAGUUGCAAACGCUCUCAUGGGAGCCUGGGAACUUGGAUGGAUUUUGUGUGAUAUAUGGGUGUCUCUAGAUAUCCUACUUUGUACAGCUUCGAUUUUGAGCUUAUGUGCCAUUAGCGUUGACCGAUAUUUGGCUGUCACCCAACCUCUUACCUACUCCAGACGAAGGAGAUCCAAAAGACUGGCGCUGGGAAUGAUCCUGAUAGUGUGGCUCAGCUCGGCGCUCAUCACGUGUCCUCCUAUGUUCGGAUGGUACGAACCAGGAAGACACGAAGACAAAACUUGCAGAUACAACAAGAAUACGGGUUACGUCAUCUUUUCGGCAAUGGGCUCCUUUUUCAUACCAAUGGUAGUUAUGCUAUACGUUUACAUGCGUAUUUCAUGCGUAGUAGCACAAAGACAUGAUAAACUGGAGCAUAUAGACGCUCAUUCAAAAAAAAAUCACAAAUUAGUGCUUCAAUCUAGGGACGAAUCAGAUCCUGAAAGAGGCUCUUCAGAAGGUGAAGAAAUCUGUCUCCGUACAACCAGUCUACCACACGCCAGUGACAGAAACUUCAAUUACAACGACAGGAGGAUCAAAUCCUUCAGGAGUAAAACCAAAUCUUUAAGAUCCAACAGUAGCACUUUCAACGAAGAAAAACUAACUUCGACCAGAGGAACCAGUUUCUACAAAUCCUCAGUAAACAGCACCAGGUCACAAACAGAUUCAAUGCAUCUCGACCAUGGCACAAUCUUGAAAUUCGAACCAGCUUCCAGGGUAUCUUCGUUCAGAAGAGAAACCAAAACUGCCCAAACCCUUAGCAUCGUCAUGGGUGGCUUCAUAGCUUGUUGGCUUCCAUUUUUCAUUUUCUACUUACUGACUCCGUUCAUGCCAAGCAACGACAUCAACGCUCUAAUAAUGUCCUAUUUGACGUGGUUGGGAUGGUUCAAUUCUGGAAUAAAUCCUUUCAUUUACGCUUUUUAUAGUCCAGAUUUCAGGAUAGCAUUCUGGAGACUCACCGUGAAACAUUUUUCGAAAGAGAGAAAACCAGAUAUCUCCCUCCAUAAAUGAAAAAAUAACCUCAAUGAAAAAAAUGUUAUUAGAUUCUUCGAGGUUCUACACUAAAAAUAUGGAUGUGAAAACUGAAAAAGAAAGCAUCUUUUCGAGUUGGCAGUUCCAACUGUUGAUUUCAAGCUUCGAAUCUGGAAAACAAGGAGUUUCCAGAAAUUUUACUCUGUUGGGGCUUCCAAAGAAACUCGAGCAUUAGAUGCAAAGUAUGAGAUGAUCAAUUCUAACUUGUCAAUUCUAGAAUCGAGUGUUACAUCAGAUGUUUCAACAUUGUUACUCCGUUUGAAAGUUUCAUUUCGAAGACUAAUUUGGUCGGAAAGAUUAAGACAAAUCUGCAAAAUCAUCAUUAUUAUCUUUCGGAUAAUAUAUUUUUUCGAAUCAUACUGUACCUACAUAUCUAUUGCAGUCUUUCGAACUUGCAGGUACGUGGAAUGUCUUGGUGAAUAGUAAAAUACGAAGAACAUUCGCAAUUUGACAUUUUGUAAUUUCAAUAAUUUGCGAUAAAAAAUGAAAAUAGUUUCUUACCACAAUUCAACCUCCCAAAUGUAUGGGAUUCAUGAACACAAAGCUUGAAAUCAUCAGAUUAAUAGAGACACAAGAAACAAGGAAUAUAUGUACCUACAUACUCCAACAAUUUAUCAAAUAUGUUUUGAAGAACAAUUUCUAUCUGUGGUGGAAUAGUGCUAGUUGAAAACUAGAUAUUGCAUAUACUUACCUAAUUCUUUGUUCCUCGUUUAUUUUUUGAAUAAUCAUAUUUUCCUAUCUUUCUCACUCUUCAUUAUAUCCAUUUGUUCAACUAUGUUUAUUCUUUGUUCAUUCAUUAUAUUUAAAUUUUUUAGAUGGUCCUUUUACAUCAUUAUCGACAUAAAUUGUGAGAAUUGUAUUUAUUUUCUAAAAGUGUUUAGAUAU